AGCCUUAUUUAGUUAUUGUUGAAGAACUAUGUAGUUACAAUCAGUGCUACUUUGAUCACAUGUAUAGAAUGAAAGGAAACCGUACACAUGUUCACACUCCUGCACACCCACAAAAUUGGGGCUUGCAUGCACAGAUCACACAGAUGAGAGAGAGCUUUGGGAUUCAGUUCACAAGAACUUGUCGGUGCUACUUUUGUCCUGAUAACUCUUCACUAAUUGUUCUCAUGGGCUACUCUCAAGCAUCAGUUGAUUAAUGCUGUUAUAUUCUUGAAUUAUAAAGGGUACCUAACUGGAUAGAGUUAGACACCUAAAAUGUUGGCUUCAGCCAACUCAUCUGGUUCUAUCUUUGUGUUUGUGUUCUAUGAUGGUAUCGGGAAUUGGAACCGUGGUGAGUACUUUUUGAAAAAAAAUGUGUGUGUGUAUAUCUAGAUUUAAAUAAAGAACAAUUUCAAGCGGAAUGGAAUCCUGAGGAGGAAUUGCAUGUGAAGGCUUUGCUGUGAAAACGGUUUUUCCUAGGAAGUAAACUGUAUUCAAUUUUAACGCUUCACUAAAUCCUGCUUAAAAGGGAUAUCGUAGCAUUUAUCUUUGAGACAGGGAUGGCACUAACUGAAUAGUUUUGCAGUUAAGCUACAAUGGCUGUAGGUAAAGAUGCUUUGGAACGUCUAUGGUUUACCUCAAACUUGGAAAAGCUUUCUUCGGCAGAUAUAAUUAUCGAAGCUAUUGUGGAAUCUGAAGAUGUGAAGAAAAAGUUAUUUCUUGAGCUAGAUAAGAUCACAAAAAGUUCGGCCAUACUGGCAUCAAAUACAAGUUCCAUCUCCGUUACUCGCCUUGCGUCAGCAACUAGCAGACCACACCAGGUGAUCGGCAUGCAUUUUAUGAAUCCUCCUCCUAUAAUGAAACUUGUUGAGAUUGUGCGAGGAGCAGACACAUCAGAUAAGACAUUUGAUGCCACAAAAGCCUUGGCAGAAAGGUUUGGCAAGACAGUAAUAUGCUCGAGGGAUUUUGCAGGCUUUGUUGUAAACAGGAUCUUAAUGCCAAUGAUUAAUGAGGCAUUUUUUGCACUUUACACAGGUGUGGCAACAAAGGAAGACAUUGAUGCAGGAAUGAAACUGGGAACAAAUCAUCCAAUGGGUCCUCUAGAGCUUGCAGAUUUUAUUGGAUUGGAUGUCUGUGUGUCCAUUCUGAAAGUUCUUCAUGCUGGCCUUGGGGACAAUAAAUAUGCUCCCUGCCCCAUCCUUGUACAGUAUGUUGAUGCAGGUCGUCUUGGAAGAAAACGAGGUAUUGGGGUAUACGACUACCGUCAAAUGCUUGGAUCAGUAAAACCCUCAUCCAAACUUUGAACUAUGGGCGUUUCCGGAAUAUCUAAUAGCCAUUGUCUAUAUGGUACAUUGUGGUUCACUUGAAAUAAUCGUGCAACACAUUUCUAAAGGGGCAUUUUCAAUCUUGACCUGCCAAAUAUAAAGCUUGAAGGUUCCGAGUUUAAGAGAGAUCUUACAAAAAUCAAUGGGAAAGAGGAUCUUCAUAGGCAUGUACACUGGUUGUGGAUUGUAUUACUUUUUUCUUUUAAUAACACAAUUCCCCCAGAUUAUUGCAUUUUCCCCUUGUUCAUUUUAAUUAUUUUCAUGGUGGAGGCAAUGCCAGGUAAAUAUGCACUCCAUCUAACUACACAUUUCACUGUAAAAUAUAGUAAAUCCGACUAUACAUUUUUGCUGUAAGUUUCUGUAACCACACCUUUGAUUUGAGAUAGAAGCAUUUUUCUCCA